CGAUUUGAACAUGCGGUCUCAUUGUCGCGCACGUUUUGUUGCCGCUUUGCAAGAUAAUAAUAAUAACAAUAAUGGAGGAAACCCAAGCUUUUUACGACUUUUGCAUACCGCACAAUAAAGAUGACAAGAUUAUGCGAGCUACGUUAGCGGAAUUAGUUGACCUUGGCUACAAGACAAUAGCCAUCGAUCAAACCUUCGAUCACAGUAAAAAGGAGGCGGCAAAACGUGGAACCGAAAUAUUUCCUGAACCGCAAAGCAUUCAACAUUUGCGAAAGGAAUUCGACAGCAAAUUAAAGAUACUGCAACGGAUAACGAUCGUGUACUUGGAUGUUAAUGUCGCGCACGCAAUGAGCGUCUCGAUGAAUCUGCGCAAGUUUAAUUUGAUUGCUGGACAACCAAAGACAGAUGCUGCCUUGACACAUUGUUGCACCUCGUUUAAUGGCGACAUUAUCACAUUCGAUUCGUUGGCCGGCUCUCGUUUGUUAGUCAAUCGCAAAGCCUAUCAAAUUGCCAUCAGACGUGGGAUAUUUUUCGAGCUCAAGUAUUCGCCAGCCAUCACAGACUCAAACUAUCGAAAGGACAUGAUUAAGGUGGCUCAAAACUAUUGCACCAAAGGAAAGUCGAAGAACAUUAUCUUCAGCAGCGGCGCAGCCAACGAAUUCCAAGUCAGAAGUCCUUGCGAUGUUGCCAAUCUUGCCUUUAUUUUUGGUCUCUCGGAGGAUCAAGGCAAGAAUGCCGUCAAUCGCUUUUGUCGUCAGCUUUUUUUACGAGCCGAAUCGCGCCGUUUGGGCAAAACAAUCAUGUUUGUCAAAGGCAACGGACCAAUUGUAUUUUCGGAUAGCUCUUCGGAUGACAACGAAAGUGCUGCAGAGGAUGAUGAAAUGGAUAGCAUGGAAACUGGGGAUGCCGAAAUUGAAGACUUGCAAAACGAAGAAGAAAGUGAAAACAGUCAAGAUAGAGAUAGAAAAAGAAUAAAACUGGCGUAGCCAAGUCAA